GUCCACCUGCAUUGGGGAAAGACGCCCGCCUCCCAAUUCGCCUGGUUAAGUUAAACGGGGAUCGCGGGAUGGCCGCCAGGAGGGUCUGGAACUAGUCUUGUAAGCCCUGCUAAACCUGUCUUGGGAACUCCAGAACGCUUUCCUCGUCAUCCUCCUCCAAGACAUCGUAGAGUCAUAGGGAACCCCGAUCGCCAAUCAGCUCUAAUAAUAUAAUAUGUCUCUUCAUAAUAAGAUGAUGUCCACGGAAUACGAAAAUUGUGCUGAUUUAAUGCCCUUCCCCUUCCUAUGGUUUCAUUAUCCGUCGUGCUUUGUCUCCGGUGGCAGUGGUGGUGUUGCUCUAAUAAUAUCCUCGGGCAGAGAAAUUAGGACCAACUCAGACUAAAAAGCAUUCAGUGAUUGUUCCGGAGAGCAAGCAGGCAGGCUCUUUUCGAUCCUCGGCCCACAAGGAGACACAAACAUCAUCCUCCCCUAACCUACACACAUGCAGGAACAAGAAAGAUGAGCACGUAGUAGGUUGGUUGGGACGCAACUCCCCACGGCUGAAAUGCAAGGUCUCGCCGUCGUACAUAAUAGGUGCAGCGCAUGUGCCGCAGGCACGAUUACUUUUCCA